UUUCUAUCUCUCUCUAUAUAUAUAUGAUUUUUGUAACCAAAAUUAUUAUAAGACACUGAAAUCUCCAAAUUCUUUACAAUUCAACUUAUAUAGAAAAUUAAAUGGCUUCAAAAUCUUUUCACUAUCAAGGCAAUCAAUCAUUCACUAUAACAAAAAAGGGUUAUAUAAUUCAUCCUAAAUCACUUAAUAUCGUUUGGGGAAAUGAUAAGCGUUAUUGGAAGCUACCCAAAGAUGAAAAGGAUGAUGCAGAACUUAUACAAGUAAAUUGGUUGGAGGUAACUGGUUGCAUCGAUGAUAUUAAUAUAGCGAAAAAAACAUCAUAUAAUAUUGAAUUUACAAUGUCAUUGAUGAUUGAUGCGUUCGGUUGGAGUGAUUCACCAAUUUAUCUUAUGGCUAAAUGGGGAGAUAAUACUCAAUGGAGAAAGGUGAAUUUGGCAACUAAGACUAAUGACAAAAAGAUGAUAUCAGAAACUAUUACUAUAAAAAAAGGAAAAGGGAGCAAUACUGAUAAAAUUUAUUUUGGAUUGUAUGAAGUUUGGAACAAAAAGUGGAAAGGAGGUCUCAAAAUUCAUCCCAUAAACCUAACUCAAGUGGAAAAACAAUACUCGUAAGAUUGAAACAUGUGUCCUUGUAAUUCCAUAAAUCAGAGUUCAAAAAAGGGAUAGCUUAAUUAAUUAUUUUUUAUUUUGUUCAUGUAUUUUGGAGUGUUUCUUAAAUUGAUUUGUAUUUUGUAAUUUUGUAUUUAAUUUAUAUUUCUUACGUCAUGAAUAUAAUUAUAAUUUUCUUGCCACUUCACUCCUCCAGAAUUUUGCGUACACUCCUCCCUUUUAUAUCAGCGAAAGCAAAUAAAUUUGUAACUUUGUGAUAGCUGACAAUAUUAUAUAUACGAAAAUCGUUACAAGCUAAUACAGUGAAUGAUUCAAUACAUUAACAUGAAGUUAGAAAAAGUUGUAAUUAAAAGAAAAAAUAGUUUGGUUCACAAAAUAGUAACAUUUUUACAUGAUAUGGGGCGGUUAGAGGAGUAACUUGAAACAAUUAUAUUUGAUGUUGUUGUGAUGACUGAUUUAUAUAGAAUUGUUCUGAUUUGCCACAACUUGUU